GAAAGCGUUGUAACAAGCCGCUGAGGACACCAGUGAAUAGCACGAGAACGGAGGAGAAUGCCCAAGCAACCGGAGAAGAAACUGACGAAGCAGUUCUCGGCAAAGCCUUCCCAUUCGAGGUCGGCGUCGUAUGGGAGGAACUUGAACCGGCUGGGACGUAUAACCAGUGUUGAUGAUAUGGCCAAUGCCCGGCCAAAGCUGAACAGAUCGAAGAGUACGGAGUCCAACCUGACAAGGCGUAAUCGAAGCUUCACGAAGCUUGCACAGCUGCAUCCGCUGACGAGGAACUCAUCGCAUGUGAACGUGAAUAAGGCUGUCCUGGACUUACACCAUGAUCAGCAGGACUCGUCCGAUGAGGGCGGAGAGGACGGUGAGGACGGUGAGGAUGGCAACACGAAGAACGAGGAUUUGGAGGAGGAGGAGGUUGACCAGUUCAGCGAGGAAGAGCCUGCAGAGCCUGAGCCGGAGCCACAGCAGGUUUUAAGCUACAAGGCGCCACCUCAGUUUAGUCAUUUGAGUAUACCUAGGGAAUCGGUACUGGCUGGUGGUGGCGAGGAGGAGCAAGCAGUAGCAGAACAAGACAACAAAGAGAAUGGAGGUCAGGACCAUUCAAUACGAUUGCAUGGCCCAAGCUAUGAAAGAGCAGGGGAGUCCAACGGCACCCAGAAGACGGCCAAUGGUGAUGGUGCGAAUGCAAAGUCAUCUUCAGACAAGGACCUGGGGCUGUAUUACCAAAAUAUGAUUCUUUCACAGUCAACAGGUGUUGUCCGUGCCUUUGGUGACAAACCGUUUCAGAAUUCCUUCUUGCCAGAUGAUAUUGCAAAGGCCAACUCUCACCUUCAGUAUAUCCACUCAAACGAUCAUAUAAGUGGGUCCAACUUGGACAACAUCUCCAAAUCCACCAACUCCUUGAGACAGUUCACGAUAUCGGCCUCUGUGGGGAAAUUGGGCACUUCGAACGAGACCUCAUCGUCCAUGCUCUCUUUCAAAGCCGGUGCUGGCAUGACCCCUCUGAAUAACAACAUGACUGCUAACAGAGACACACCAUUGGGCACUCCUUCUAAUUUUAACCAGUUCUUGAAAAGUUCAGGAUCAAAUAUCGAGACCAGAACACAGCAGAAGCUUUGGCUUCAAAGGGAAAACUCUCUGCUGGACGUUUCCCAGAUGAACAACUCGAUAAAUCAGUCGAAUCCUCAGAUUCGCCGUGAAUUCGAACGGGUUUCCAGAGAGUUCACGAACGUUCGCAGAUUCGAAAAUCCUUUGAAGAAGGCAGUGAAGAGGGCCAACGUUGCUACGGCUUUGAAGUCUCCAGAGGAUUGUUCGCAGAAUCUAAAGGCCUUAAACACAGACGAGAUCCAGGCAAAGCUAUUGAAACUAUGGGUCAAGGGCUCUAAGCCAAAGAGAUCUCAACUUCACCAAGCACUGCAGCAGCAGCAGCAGUACAACCCAAGAAAUGCAAACAUGGUGCUGAACCAAAACAUUGGUGGCUCCUCCACCGGGUACGUUAGCUCACCACUGAGGUCGCCAAACGUUGCUCCGCCUUCAACGAGGGCAGUGGACAGGGCACAGAAUGCGGAUGCGAAUAGGAGGAUUGAUCUUGCAGCGAUGAGGAUGUCGGAGGAGGCACCCAAAUUGGCGUGAGCUCAACGCUCUCUUCCUUUGUCUGAAGCGUAAUGCUAUAUUGUACUAGAAUAAUACUUAUAAUUAUUAUGAUAAUUAUAAUUAUACUCACCAUAGUGC